CAGACCUGGGAGCGGAUGUGGGGACACGUGGAGCGGGUGCACCCCGACGGCGGCGCCGUGGCGGCGGCCAUCCGGAGCGCCGCCCGCCUGGCUCGGCCCUCAGUGCCACCGGUGCCAAACUACAAGCUCUCCAUGUCAAUCCCAGAAUGGCUUCAGGCAAUACAGACCUACAUGAAGAUGCUGCAAUACAAUCACACGGGAACACAGUUCUUCGAGAUUAGAAAAACCAGACCUCUAAGUGGGUUAAUGGAGACAGCAAAAGAAAUGACCAGGGAGUCCUUACCUAUCAAAUGCCUUGAAGCAGUUAUCCUGGGGAUAUACUUAACAAACGGGCAGCCCUCUGUGGAACGAUUCCCCAUCAGCUUUAAAACCCACUUCUCAGGGAACUAUUUUCAUCAUGUGGUGCUUGGGAUUUACUGCAACGGCCGGUAUGGCUCACUGGGCAUGAGCAGACGAUCAGAUCUGAUGGACAAACCUCUAACUUACCGGACUCUGAGCGACCUCAUCUUUGAAUUUGAAGACUCCUAUAAAAAGUACUUGCAUUCAGUCAAAAAAGUAAAAAUUGGAUUAUACAUCCCGCACGAGCCACACAGCUUUCAGCCUAUUGAGUGGAAACAGCUGGUCCUCAAUGUAUCCAAAAUGAUGCGCACAGAAGUCAGGAAGGAGCUGGAGAAGUUUGCCAGGGAUAUGAGGAUGAAGAUUCUGAAACCCUCCAGUGCUCAUUCUCCAAUGAAAGAGAGAUCACGGGGUAAGUCGUUGUCCCCUCGCCGAAGGCAAGCCAGCCCUCAGAGACGGGUGUGCAGAAGAGACAAAUCGCCUGCGGUGGUGGACAAGAAAGGAGACCUGGCUACGCUCAACGAGGUAGGCUACCAGCUCCGCAUCUAACAAAGCCAUAUGCCGGACAGAGGGCUUCCCUGGUGCUU